UCUGUGAGUUUCGCCCUCCUUCGGUUUGGCUUUCAGAAAUUAGACUUUUACGAAUAGCAAUGAAGCUUUGAUAAUUAACUAUGAAGUUUGGCAAAUGAAGUGUUCUAUAUCUCAAUUGAAGGGAUGAUUAAUUGAAAAUCAAUGCGAAAUUUAGUUCACUAGAGCAAUUCUAAGUUGAUGUACAGUUCGACUUGGACAUCUUUAUAAACUGAGAUAACUUACAACUACAGCUCAUCUGGUAUGGCGACCGGAAUCGUUCGUAUUGCAAUUGAGCGAGAAGGACAGCUUCCACUUUUAACGCUUUUUGAUCAGUCUCAACCCUUGGAGGAGAUAAUCCGUAGGGAAGUUUGUGCAAAGUGGUCCCUACCUAUUCCUGAACAAUACGCUUUUCAAUAUUCUGACUUUAACUGCUACAUCACAGAGGAGAAUCGUGCAGAUAUUAAAAAUGGUACUGUUCUGAAGUUGGUGCUUUCUCCUGCAAAGCUUGCACAAGAAAUCUAUGACAAGCUGCAGUCAAAUCCUGAUGACAAAAAGACUGUGUUGAGCCAACUGGCAAACAUUUCAGAGGAUCUGACAUUUGCUGGUGAAUUCAUAAAAAGAAAUGGAUUGGGCUGUAUAAUUAGCAUGCUUGAAGGCAAACCAGAAAGUCCAGAAAAUCUUGCUUUUGCCCUCAAAGCCUUUCAAGAGCUGAUGGAGCACCCAAAUGUGUCAUGGGAUAUCUUAACACUACCUUUUAUUAAGAAUCUGUCAAUAUUUGUAAAUAAGAAGUCCCUCGCAGACCCAACAGUCCUAAAGAGAUGUCUGUCCAUUCUGGAGUCAAUAGUCUCCAAUAGCCCUGCCCUUCAUCCACUGGUAGAGAGAGAAGUCAUCUUUGAAAGUGUCGUUCACCACCUACACAGUGGUAACCAAGACAUCCAGUUGAAUGCUGUUGCCCUCAUAAAUAGCAUGUUUAUGAGAGCUGAUCCCAUCAAUAGACAGCAAUUCGCAGAACGUUUAUCCAAGACUGGAGUUAGACAAUCUCUGUUAAACAAUGUUAUCCGUGCUAAUAAAGAAGUCAAGAGCGAGAUGGCCCACCAGUUAUAUGUCUACCAAGCUAUGAUCUUCAGCUUAUUAAAUGACAAGAUCAAAAUGAAGGGCAACCCUCUUAACCAGAAUUUGAAUGAGAGCCUUGAUAUACUGCGGAAGGUUGCAUUUGAGUCAGACAUGGUGGCAAUGCAUGGGGGAAGACCAUUAUCCCAGGCAGGCAACCAGUCCAAAGAUUUCAAGCGCCUGGGCUUUGUAAACAUCGAUAGUCCUGUGAUGGACUUCAGUGACUCCCCCCCAGGCCUUCUCCCUAUGCAUGCAAUGAUCUACUUCUCCAAAAAGCACCAGGAUCAAUACAUUAAGGUCGUGAUGGAGAACCUCUCACGAGGUGAUGAAUGCGAGUGUCCGUUUGCACAGUCAAGCAUCGCACUGACCAAGAUGCUUUGCGAAAUCCUCAAGAUAACCGGAGAACCACCGUCUGAAACUAGCGACGAAUACUACCCAAUCUUCUUCACCACUGACAACGCCUUUGAGGAGUUCUUCUGUAUCUGUAUUCAGCUAGUUAACAGAACAUGGCGUGAAAUGAGGGCAACAUCCGGUGAUUUCAAUAGGGUGAUGGCAGUUGUGAAGGAGCAGAUUGUUAGGUCGCUUGGCGAGAGACACUCUACCAUGGAUCAAUACAAGAACUACGUGUCGAAUCUUGGCUUCACCCAGAUCCUCAAGCUGAUGCAGCAGGAAUUCCACGAGAGGACAAUGCUAGAACUACAAGCCCCGCCUGUUGUUGAACUCAGACAACAGAUUCUUCCUGAAUUAAAAAACAUCGUUCGACAGCAGCGUCUCGAGCAACUAAAGGAAGGGCGUUUAUUUGACAAGGGUGGCAAGCGUCAUGUUCGAGAUAAGUUCUGGUUCUGCCGUUUGUCGCCCAACCUGAAGUUCCUUCAUUAUGGCGAUUGUGAAGAGGGGCAGACCCCAGCCUUGGAGGCACUUCAAAACAAAUUGCCCAUUGCUGGUAUCAAGCAACUGCUGGUUGGCAAAGACUAUCCUCACGCCAAGGACAUCAAAGACUGGAAAAAGCUGCAUCAUCUUUUCUUCUCAUUGGAGUAUGAACGCGAUGACAAGACAGAGUACCUCAACUUUAUAGCUCCCAACCCAAACGUGUUUGCAAUUUGGGUCGACGGGAUAUCAACACUACUCAACAAAGAGAUGCCAUCAAAAGAGGCUCAAGAAGACCUGGAAACCCUUCUGAACAUGGAGAUGAAACUCCGAUUGUUGGACCUCGAGAAUAUCUCAAUCCCAGAAAGCCCCCCUGCAAUUCCCCCUGAGCCCCCCAACUACGACUUUGUCUACAAUUUCUAAUUCAGCUACCAUCCCUUCCUCGCCCCUCUAGAUUUCUAACACACAACCACCAUCCCUCAACUACCACCCCUUCCUCGCCCCUCUAGAUUUCUAACACACAAGCACCAUCCCUCAACUACCACCCCUACCUCGCCCCUCUAGAUUUCUAACACACAACCACCAUCCCUCAACUACCACCCCUUCCUCGCCCCUCUAGAUUUCUAACACACAACCACCAUCCCUCAACUACCACCCCUUCCUCGCCCCUCUAGAUUUCUAACACACAAACACCAUCCCUCAGCUACCACCCCUUCCUCGCCCCUCUAGAUUUCUAACACACAACCACCAUCCCUCAACUACCACCCCUUCCUCGCCCCUCUAGAUUUCUAACACACAAACACCAUCCCUCAACUACCACCCCUACCUCGCCCCUCUAGAUGUCUAACACACAACCACCAUCCCUCAACUACCACCCCUUCCUCGCCCCUCUAGAUUUCUAACACACAACCACCAUCCCUCAACUACCACCCCUACCUCGCCCCUCUAGAUUUCUAACACACAAACACCAUCCCUCAGCUACCACCCCUUCCUCGCCCCUCUAGAUUUCUAACACACAACCACCAUCCCUCAACUACCACCCCUACCUCGCCCCUCUAGAUUUCUAACACACAACCACCAUCCCUCAACUACCACCCCUACCAUGCCCCUCUAGAUUUCUAACACACAACCACCAUCCCUCAACUACCACCCCUACCUCGCCCCUCUAGAUUUCUAACACACAACCACCAUCCCUCAACUACCACCCCUUCCUCGCCCCUCUAGAUUUCUAACACACAACCACCAUCCCUCAACUACCACCCCUACCUCGCAACCUCUAGAUUUCUAACACACAAACACCAUCCCUCCUUCGCCCUAUUGGAUAAGAUAAGAACCCUUUCUGGAACAAAUACUUCUGCAUUUACCACUGGACUUAGUAACUAUACUAGGACUAACUCACAACCCUCAUCCUUCCUUUCAACCAAUCCUUUUAAAACAGCACCCUUAGAUAAGUACCUCCCUAAACCAUCUAAUAUUUAUCUUUGUAAUAUUCCUAUCAGUUAUUUCUGACAAACCUUUUUAAAACCACACCCUAAUCUCUCAUAUUUAAAUUCCUACUACUACACAUCAUUAAUAGAAUACAUUUUUUUGAAAAUAUUAAUAGAUUACUGAAUUCCAUUUAGGAUUUAAUUCAAUACGAAUUGCAAACUCUUAGUAUUUCGUCUUUAGAUAGCAAAUGUAGAAAUAGAUAUUUUCAAGAUUCGAUUCUUCACCAACUCUUUACAAUGAACAUUUGUUGCGAAAGUUAUAUUUUGUAUCUUUUUCUAUUUCAAAUAUCAAUCGUUUUGUAAUCUAAAUAUUUUAAAAUAUAUGUAAUAUUAACCUUUAAUAUAAAUAUAUUUCUGAUUGUGAAUGAUUGAAGCAAUUAAAGAAAUGUAUUAACCUUUAGUAUUCUUUGGUCUGUAUUACAUCAAACAUGAAGUAUAAAAAGACAAA